AUGACAGUAGACCAGUCUUCAAUCCCAUUCAACGUAUCUGAGCAUUAUCAAGUAUUGGAAGUGAUAGGUGAAGGGGCUUAUGGUGUAGUAGUCGCCGCUACCCACAUAGCCUCCGGAACCAAAGUCGCCAUCAAGAGGAUAACGCCCUUUGAUCAUGCGAUGUUCUGUCAGAGGACCUUGAGGGAGAUCAAGCUGUUGAGACAUUUCAGACACGAAAAUAUCAUUGCUAUUCUCGAUAUUAUCGCACCUCCAAGUUAUGAUCAUUUCAAUGAAGUCUACUUGGUUCAGGAGUUGAUGGAGACUGAUCUACAUAGAGUGAUUAGAACUCAGGAAUUGUCGGAUGAUCAUUGUCAAUAUUUCAUAUAUCAGACUAUACGAGGUUUGAAAGCUCUUCAUUCAGCAAAUGUCCUUCAUCGGGAUUUGAAACCUUCAAAUCUGCUGUUGAAUGCGAACUGUGAUCUGAAGAUAUGCGAUUUCGGUCUCGCACGAUCAGCGGCCAUGCCCCCUCCCGAUUCAGGACCAAAUGGUGGUAAUGGAUUCAUGACCGAAUACGUAGCUACGAGAUGGUACAGAGCUCCAGAAGUAAUGUUAUCUUUCCAAGAAUACACAAAAGCGAUUGAUAUCUGGAGUGUGGGAUGUAUCUUGGCAGAAAUGAUAAAUGGAAAACCUCUAUUCCCUGGACGAGAUUACCAUCAUCAACUAUCGUUGAUCUUGGAUGUUCUUGGUACACCCACAAUGGACGAUUUCAACGAGAUUACCUCGCCCAGAUCCAAAGAUUAUCUGAGAGCCCUCGAAUUCACCCGAAGGCAGGAUUUCGCUGUAGUUUGUCCAAAAGCUAAACCUAAUGCUCUUGAUUUACUGAAAAAAUGUCUUACGUUCUCACCUCGAAAGAGAAUCACAGUAGAGGAAGCUUUAGAACAUCCUUAUCUUGAGCCAUACCACGAUCCCAACGAUGAACCUGGAGCAGAACCGUUGAAACCUGAUUUCUUCAACUUUGAGGAUCGACAGGAUCAAUUGGGUAGAGAGAUGUUGAAACGUCUGAUCUACGCGGAGAUUCAGAAACCUAUUCAUGAUGAUCAAGAGUAA